UUUAAAAACUCCCCCUACCAACUUCUUCAACACUUGAAAACUUCAAAACUUCCAUCGGAAUUCUUUAAUCAAGAAACGUUUUUUCUCUCUUUCUUUAAUCAAAUUCUCACACCCAUUUCACCGAUCUUCAUAAUUCUCCAAAAUUCACCAACAAUUCAACACAAUUUCAUCAUGUCAUCAUCAAUUUUUGCUUCAAAUAGCAUCGUUUUAGCAACCGCCAUGGUCGCCGUCUCCGGCACCGUCAUCCUCCUCGCCUUCCGCCACCACAAACCACCCACCACCACCACAUCCGCCGCCGUAUCCGUCGCCGGAAAAUUCACCACCACCCACCACCCAAGACCUUGUAUCUCUGUAGAUGGGAAGAAGAGGGUGAAGAAGAAAAAAAAGGUUCGUUUUGCAGAAGAUGUGAUGGAACCAAGUGGCAGUGGAGAGGAGUUUAGAAAAAGAUUCAAAAGUAAGAAUUUACAAAAGUUGAGGACUAGUUCGUCAAUAUGUAAAGAUGAGGGGGGUAAAAGGAAAAUUAACAUGCCUGAAAAUAGAGUUGCUUUAUACACUGGAAUCCUCAGAGAUCGCAAUGUUCAUCGGUUUGCUUGUUAGUGAUUUCUUGUUUUCUUACAAGUUUAGUCGAUGUGGUUUUGAAGUUUACAGGUUUGAUACCUUAUCUUUCAUAGAAAGUGCAAAAUGCAUUUGUUUCAGAAACUUGUAGAUGUUUAUGGUUACUUUACUGUACAGAUUUAAAGGGACACAAAGAUAUUGUAUGUAAUAUAAAGUGUGCUUUUGUUGAUA